CGGAGGAACUAUGUUCAUUCCAGUGCAUAAUGAGUUAGCGAACAUGUUUCACCCGUGUGCAUAAUCUAAAUACCAAGCAGGGCAAGCACAGAGGUUUAAGCUUCAAUCAAACAACCUCACUACUCAAUUACUCGUUUCAUAGCUUCCUCACAUUAAAAAAACCCCGUUACUCCCGCUGUUCUCUUCAUUUCUCUCUCCUCAACUCUAUGCCUUCAGAUACCGCCGUUAUCGCUUGGGGUUCAGGCGAAGAUGGACAAUUAGGUAUAGGCAACAAUGAAGAUAAAGAAUGGGUUUGCCAAGUUAAAGCUCUUCAAAAUUACACUGUUUCCUCUGUUGUUGCUGGUAGUCGCAACUCUCUUGCUCUUUGUGAAGAUGGCAAGUUAUUUACAUGGGGAUGGAAUCAAAGAGGGACUUUAGGGCAACCACCUGAGACUAAGGCUGAGAAUGUGCCUACUCAGGUUAAAGCUCUUGCCAAUGUGAAAAUUGUACAGGCGGCCAUUGGCGGGUGGCAUUGCUUGGCUGUUGAUGAUCAAGGCCGUGCUUAUGCUUGGGGUGGUAAUGAGUAUGGGCAAUGUGGUGAAGAUCCCGAAAAGGAUGAAACUGGCAGGCUUUUGCGAAGGGAUAUUGUGAUUCCUCAACGCUGUGCACCUAAGCUUAAAGUUCGCCAGGUGGCUGCUGGAGGAACGCAUUCAGUGGUACUUACACGUGAAGGACAUGUAUGGACUUGGGGUCAGCCAUGGCCACCUGGAGAUAUAAAGCAAAUUUUUGUUCCAGUUAGAGUACAAGGACCUGAAAAGGUGCGAUUGAUUGCAGUGGGAGCAUUUCAUAAUUUGGCUCUUGAAGAAGAUGGGACCUUAUGGGCAUGGGGUAAUAACGAGUAUGGGCAGCUUGGAACUGGAGAUACUCAACCUAGGUCACAGCCUAUUCGUGUACAGGGGCUUUCUGGUCUUACACUGGUUGAUAUUGCUGCUGGUGGUUGGCAUUCUACUGCUCUGACGAGUGCUGGAGAGGUGUACGGGUGGGGUAGAGGAGAGCAUGGACGGCUUGGAUUUGGAGAUGACAAGAGCAGUAAAAUGUUGCCACAGAAGGUGCAGCUUUUAGCCAAUGAAGAUAUAGUUCAGGUAUCUUGUGGAGGAACUCAUUCAGUUACAAUGACACGAGAUGGACGAAUAUUUACUUUCGGGCGAGGUGACCAUGGCCGUUUAGGAUAUGGACGGAAGGUCACAACCGGUCAUCCUAUGGAAGUACCAAUAAAUCUCCCACCUCCAAAAAGUGUCGGUGAGGAGGAGAAAGCCGAAGCGCGUUGGCGGGCUAACCUUAUAGCUUGUGGUGGUCGACAUACUUUGGCUAUUGUUAAAUGGCAAGCUGAUGAUGAUGAGUUAUAAGCUAUAUAUGAAACCAAUGUUCUUAUCACGGACCUUUUAUUGUCAAUUGUAAUAAUCUAAAACUCCAUAAAUAAUAAACAGUGGUUUUGUUCUCGGCUUCCCGCUGCCCUGACCUCUGUUUAUGUUUGGUUAAGGAGAUGAAACAGUUAUGUGUUUAAACACGAAUAAAAUAAGAUGAAACAUAUUGUUUUUAUUCA